UUUUUCCCCCUCUAUUUUUGGUGGUACUUGUUCCUGGCAGCAUUGGGGUUUUUUGAGACAGGGUCUCAUUAUGUAGUGUAGAAGGCCUUAAAACUCACUGUGUAGUCUGGCUGUUUGCAGUUUUGGACAUUGGAGUCAGGGCCUCUGUACUGAGCUACAUCUCCAGCCUUUUUUGAGGAGGAGGGAUUUUUGAGACAGCAUUUCACAGUGCAGUUCAGACUGGCCUUGAGCUCACUUUGUAGCCCAGGCUGACCUCAAACAUUGAGCCUCCUGCCUCAGCCUCCCCAGUGCUGGGAUUACAGGCGUGUGCCACCAUGCCUGGCUUUUUUCUUUCUUUUCUUUCUUGAGAAAUUGCUAAAUUGCUCGAGCAACUCCCAGUCCUUCCUUAGCUUCCCAGAAUAUCAGAAUUUCAUGUUUCUGCACAUGUUCACAGAUCUUAAUCAUGAAGAGAGAAUGAAGCAGGUGUGGUGGGAGGCUGAGGCAGGCAGAUCACCCCAAGUUCAAGGUCAGCCUGAGCCUUUUAGGGACACCCUGUCUCAAAAACAAAGGGUGCAAAGGAAUAGAAGAGAAUGAGAAAAGAGAGGAAGGGCAUUUGAGGGAAAUCCUUUGGCUAGUGUUUGUGAAGUUGGCUCUGCUCCUCCAGAGACUGGGACGCUGGGCCUGUCCUCAGGGUAUUGGCUGAAACAAUUAUUAUUUUGUGAUACUAGGGGUCACAUCUAGAGCCUCUGCCUAUGUUUUAUUCCUAUACUCCUGUUGGGUGUAUGAUGUCCUUUAUAAUUUCUUGGUUUUUAGAAACUUAUUUGAUUUUUAUUUGAGACAAGGCCUCAUUAGGUAGCCCAGGCUGGCCUCAAAUUUAGGUCACUCCUCCUGCCUCAGCCUCCUGAGUGCCAGGACUACAGGCACCGAGGUAUUCAGCAAGAUUUCGUUGGUGCCCGGCAGCCUGCCAGGACCCAGGGACAGCUACUUCCAGCAGGCCUCCUCGGUGGUCUCCAGCACCCAGCCCCAUGGCGUUCUCCGGGACCCUGACCUCCCUCCAACAGGAGAGCCAUUGUCCCUUGUGCUUCGAUUACUUCAAGGACCCGGUGACCAUUGAAUGUGGACACAACUUUUGCUGUGACUGCUUGAGCGCCUGCUGGAAAGACCUGACCGACAGGUUCCCCUGCCCGGUCUGCCGCUUCAAUUUGGCCAGCCCGAACUUCAUCAGGAACUCGCAGCUCAGCAGCCUGACCCAGGCGGUGCAGCAGCUGGUGCUGCGCCGGAGCAAGAGGAAGCAGGAGGAGGCGCAGCAGGCCGUGUGCGAGCCGCACCAGCGGGCGCUGACUCUGUUCUGCGAGCAGGACCUGGAGCUGCUGUGCGCGCACUGCAGCUUCGCCCCGGAGCACCGGCGCCACAACGUGAGCCUCGUCGAGGAGGCCGCGCCUGAGCACAGGCGGCGGCUGGAGAGCUCGGUGGAGCCGCUGCGGAGCAAGCUGGAGCAGGUGGAGAAGAUGAUCGCGCUGCAGGACACCAAGACCCUGGAGCUGCACAAGGAGGCCGUGGCCAGGCGGAAGGAGAUCGAGGCUGAGUUCGAGCGGGUGCGACAGUUCCUGCAGGGCGAGCAGGAGGCCACGCUCCGGCGGAUGGACGAGGAAGAGGCGGAGAUCCUGGCGGAGCUGAACCAGCACCUCACCACUAUCUCCAACUACGCGUCCGGGCAGAAUUUUCUGCUCAAGGAGGUGGAGGGCAAGGGCGCUGUCUCCUGCGACGUGGCCCUGCUGAGCUCCCUGAAGAGCAUCGAGGACAAGCGGCAGACGCUCGGGCGCCCCGAGCCCUCCACCACCAUGCUGCCCUCCACCAUCGAGCUGAGCGGCUUCCAGCUGAAGCUGCCCGCCCAGUUCUCCGGCCUGGAGCGCAUCGUGCAGCUCUUCCAGGUCAACUUGCUCUUCGACCCCACCUCGGCGCACCCACAGCUCGAAGUGUCCGCGGACCGGAAGAGCGUGACCUACCUCGAGGAACGGAGACGGGUGGGCUACUCCCCCAACAGGUUCUACCUGUGCCUGGCCCUCCUGAGCCAACAGUUCUUCUACUGUGGCCGGCACUACUGGCAGGUGGAGGUGGGCGCCAAGCCCAAGUGGACGCUGGGCGCCUGCCAGGGCGCCCUGCCCCGCAACUGGCGCAACGAGCCGGACUUGUACAGGGGCUUCUGGGCCCUCGGGCGCUGCAACAGCUCCUACCUGGUCUUCGGCACCCAGAAAGCCCGGAUCGUGCCCCAGGUGAGGCCCAACAAGGUCGGCGUCUUCCUGGACUACGAGCUGGGCGAGAUUUCUUUCUACAACGUGGACGAUGGGUCCGUGCUCUACACGUUCCACGAUCGGUUCACCAGAAACGUCUGGCCUUAUUUCUACGCAGGACGAGAUUCCGAGCCGCUGAGACUCUGUCCUGUGUCGAAGCGUGGCACUUAGGGAUCUGUGAAUCAUGCGGCCUUGGGGCCAACUGGACCAGGGUUCCCAGGUGGUUCCAAAGCUUCACCACGUAUCCAAAUCGGAAGAGAUGUUGCACCCUGGUUUUCAGUAACUAUAAAAACAUUGCUGUUGUGACAUUGCUAAUCCCAUAGAUAUGAAAUCAGUUGUCGAGUGAUUUCAGUUCUGAGAUACUUGAUUUAUUUAUUUGAUAAACUGGCGUUCUGGCUGGCCUUGAACUCCCAGUGAGUUCCUACUUCUGCAGCCAAGUUCCUACUUCCCAGAACUCCUACUUCUGCAGCCAAGACUAUUUAUUAUGUCCAAUGAAAUCAGUUAUCUUGGUGCACUGCUGGGGACUGAUGUCAGGACUUUGUGUAUGGAGACCCGUGCUCUACCACUGAGCUAUAUAAAUUUUUUCGGGUUUUUUGUUUUGUUAUGGUACACUGAAUUGAACUGGGACCUCAUGUCCUAUCGCUGAGCUUUAUCCCUGGUCCCUUCUUUGGUUUUUGUGAGAUAGGAUUUCCUUUUGUGGUUCAGGCUAGCUUUAGAGUAUGUAGCCCAGGCUAGCCUCAAACUGAGAUCCUCCUACCUCAGCUCCCUGAAUGCUGGAGUCACGUGUGGGUCAUCAUGCCUAACUCCAAUGAAAUAUUUUUUUUUUUAAAAAGGGUAGAAUGAAUGAAUACUUUAUCAUUUAUAAUCAGAUGGCGAUUAGGUAUAUAUAGUUUCCUUCAUAGUUUUCAUAAAUUAAAGUUUUAAAAAAUCUGAUGGCUGGUUAUGCUGUUUGGAAAACACAUUUAGACUAAUUCAUUAAUGG